AAAUUUCCCAGUCUACGUCGCACAUUCGCUCGCAAUUCAAACCAUACGUCGGUCUAUAUAAAUUUAUUUAAAUAUUAAAUAAAUAAAUAUACAAAUAUGGCGUUUAAAAAAUUCGACACUUGUUGCUGUUGUCUAGAUUUAAAAACGGGAGUUUUGGUUAUCGGUAUUUUAAGUAUUGUAUUAAAUAUCGGUGGUUUAAUUCAAGCACCAAUAGCUUACAAUAACGCAUGUUCGGGUUUUAGAACGCCCGACAAUAAUCUCGAAUGCCGUAAAGCGAGUUCUCAAUUGGGUAUGUCCAUAAGCAGUGAAGUUAUCGGAAUUAUUUUAAUGUCUUUGAUGAUUUAUGGUAACCAGAAGGAAAAUUACCGAUUACUAUUGCCAGUGAUUAUUCUCCAGGCUAUUGGAAUUGCGAUAAUAACUAUUGUUAUAUGGUAUUUAUCAAUUAUUCUCUUUAUGGUGUCUAUUGGAUAUGGUCUUGUUGUAUUUAUUUUUGGCAACGCAAUAGUCGGUCUUUGUAUAUAUCUAUGGCUGGUUAUCUACAGCCGUUGUCAAGAAAUAAAGACUGCAAGUUAUGCAGCAGCAAAUACUGCAUAAAUUACUUUUUAAUUAAAUUACUUAAUUAAUCUUUAGCUUUUUUUACAUAUAUAUGAACACAUACAUUUUUUAUAUUGUAUAAUAUAUACAUGCUUUUCAUAUAUUUCUAAAUUAAACUUUCUUUAUAUUUUUUUUUUAUAACAAAAACGGAAAAUUCUACUUAAAUAAAUUUUUUUAUUUUAAGUUUAAGCGCCUUAUUAACUAUUGUACGAAAUAUAACAAGAUUCUACAAGCCUUUUUAUAACAGUGUUCAAUUAAUCGAUUUUGAUCAUUGGUUGACAAUUUAUGAUCAACAACAUUAUAUAUUUAUAUUUUUUAUAUAUGUUAAUUUGACGAAAUUUUAAAAAGUUAUAAACGGUGUCCAAAUUUACUCGUAACUAUUUACAAAACUUAUUAUAUAUUAAAUAUACAUAAAUCUAUAUAUAUGGCUGAUAAAAUUAUGAUGAACAUAGAAGUAUAAAGUGUUAAAUAUUUCAAAGUUUCAAAAAAUGUUGGAAUUCAAACUAGACAUUGUAUUGCUAGUUACUGACAUGACUUCAUUUGUUUAGCAAAUAAUAUGACAAUUGUAAGCUUUAUUUUUUAAUUGACUUAAAGAUUGAACUUUGGCCUGAAAACUGGAGCCUUAUGAUAAUUUUGGAGCUGUGAUAAUUUGGAGAAAUAUAUAAAAGUUCAAAAUAUUUAUAAAUUUUGAACUUGGAAAGUAAUUAUUCAAUGUAUGUUUACUCGUAAUUAUUGACUAAGCUGUCAGUGUUAUCGUAUAAGAGUAUCAGAUACUUUUUGUAGGAAAUUUAAUUCUCUAUAAAAAAGAUCCUGAGCACCUCAUCUCUAGAAUUGAUAUUUUGAAAGAUACAGAGAUAAUAACAGGACAUUAUUGCUGGACAAAAAUACAGAAUGUUAAGAUUCAAUUUUCCUUUUUGAGCUGUAACUUUUGGAUUAUUUUUUGGAUUUUAUUUCAGACCGCGGGUUGUAGUUUAAGCUAUUUGAUGAGUACUGAAAAGCUCUAUGGUAAUUUUGGAGUUAUGAUUAUGGAAAGAAAAAGUUUAUUUGCUUGGAAAUUCAAUAAAACUCGAACGAAAGCGGAGUAAUUUUUAAAAAAGGUUUGAAGCUUGAAUAAGUAACCGGAAAUAAAAUUAUCGAAAUUGAGCUACAAAUUUUUUCUCAAGCCAAAGACAAUUUAGUUUCUCUUAAAAUCGCUCUAGACUUCAUAUGAAAAUAAUUUAAAAAAAUUUUAGCUUCCAAAUAAUUACCGGCUCCGAAAAUUAACAUCUCGAGCUUCAAAUCGUUUUCUUUUUGUUUAAAUCCAACUAUUUUGACUAAAGUUACAGCUUUUUAAAUUUAAAUAUUUUUUAAAAACGAUAACAAACUACGGAAUUACUUAUUCGGUCAAUAAAUCAGCUUGUAAGACAAAUAAAUAUCGUUUGCCUGUAAUUAAAAAUCUUCAAUGCUAUUACGACAAAAUAAAUAAAUGAAUAAUCGAACUGAA